CUGCUCAUGAACCGUUUGGCUCUUUCUCUUAGUAACAACCUCACAAGCGCCCUCAAUUUCUCUUCUUUUUUUUUUUUUUUUUUUAAUAAACAUUAUACAUAAUACAACCACAACAUAACGCUUACUUGGGAAUUUACCUACCGAACACCCGUCUCCAGCUGGGCUUAUAACGAGAAAUUCCAACCAUAUUUAAUAAUAAAUGUUUGAAGAGUAAAUUCCACACAGCAGCAGAGCAGAGCAGAGCAGAGAAGGCACCUACUGUGAUCUGGAUCCUAAAGUUGUGGAUAGGUACUUUAGUACCCUGUGCCACUGAUGAACUUCUGAAGGGCACCCGGUUGCAAUGCUUGUGUCCUCUGUGGUGACCUCAUGGUUUAAGCAGGAGUAAAGAUGAGUAUAAGCAGUGAUGAGGUCAACUUCUUGGUGUACAGAUAUCUACAGGAGUCAGCCAAUAUUUAAUGCUGGGUUUUUUAUAAUGUUUCUGCCAGGGUUCUCCCAUUCAGCAUUCACUUUUGGUAUUGAGAGCCACAUCAGUCAGUCCAAUAUAAAUGGUGCCCUAGUGCCCCCUGCUGCUCUCAUUUCUAUCAUACAGAAAGGCUUGCAGUAUGUAGAAGCAGAAGUCAGCAUCAAUGAGGAUGGUACCCUUUUUGAUGGCAGGCCGAUAGAGUCGCUUUCUCUAAUAGAUGCUGUGAUGCCUGAUGUGGUACAAACCAGACAGCAAGCUUACAGGGACAAACUUGCACAGCAGCAAGCAGCAGCAGCAGCUGCAGCCGCUGUCGCCACAGCCAAUCAGCAAGGAGCUGCAAAGAAUGGGGAAAAUACUGCGAAUGGGGAGGAAAAUGGAGCACAUGCCUUAGCAAAUAACCAUGCAGACAUGAUGGAGGUAGAUGGAGAUGUAGAUAUUCCUCAGAAUAAAGCUAUGGUAUUGCGUGGCCACGAGUCCGAAGUUUUCAUCUGUGCUUGGAAUCCAGUCAGUGACCUCCUUGCAUCUGGGUCUGGUGAUUCAACAGCACGUAUCUGGAACCUUAGUGAGAACAGCACCAGCAGCUCGACUCAGCUUGUACUCAGACAUUGCAUAAGGGAAGGAGGACAGGAUGUACCGAGUAACAAAGAUGUCACUUCAUUAGACUGGAAUAGUGAAGGUACGCUACUAGCAACAGGCUCGUAUGAUGGAUUUGCCAGAAUAUGGACUAAAGAUGGUAAUCUUGCCAGCACCCUGGGUCAGCACAAAGGUCCUAUUUUUGCUUUAAAAUGGAAUAAGAAAGGAAAUUUCAUUCUUAGUGCUGGUGUUGAUAAGACUACAAUCAUUUGGGAUGCACAGACUGGAGAAGCCAAACAGCAGUUCCCUUUCCACUCUGCACCAGCACUAGAUGUUGACUGGCAAAGUAACAACACAUUUGCCUCAUGCAGUACAGACAUGUGCAUCCAUGUCUGUAAACUGGGACAGGACAGACCCAUCAAGACAUUCCAAGGGCACACAAAUGAAGUUAAUGCUAUCAAGUGGGAUCCAACUGGUAACCUGCUGGCAUCCUGCUCUGAUGACAUGACCCUAAAGAUAUGGAGCAUGAAACAGGAUACCUGUGUCCAUGACUUACAAGCGCACAACAAAGAGAUAUACACUAUCAAAUGGAGCCCAACAGGACCUGGCACCAACAACCCAAAUGCCAAUCUUAUGUUAGCAAGUGCAUCAUUUGACUCUACUGUUCGAUUAUGGGACGUAGACCGAGGAAUCUGCAUCCACACACUGACCAAACAUCAGGAACCUGUGUACAGUGUAGCCUUUAGCCCAGAUGGCAGGUACCUAGCCAGCGGCUCUUUUGACAAAUGUGUACACAUCUGGAAUACACAGACGGGUGCUCUAGUCCAUAGUUACAGGGGAACAGGAGGGAUCUUUGAGGUUUGCUGGAAUGCAGCAGGAGACAAAGUUGGAGCAAGUGCAUCAGAUGGAUCAGUUUGUGUAUUAGAUCUUCGGAAAUAACGCUGCUAGUUGGAAGCCAUGGACCGACUAUGAAUGUGUACAUAGCCAAAAUGACUGUCCCUGCCCCAUGUACUGCUACAGUCCCAUCUGAACCAUGGCCUGUCCACUAGAGCCAAACAGAGACCCUGACAAAGUUAGGAGGGCUGAAUCCUCUCACGAGCCUGUUUUAUUCGGAACAAGAACAUUUUCUACCCACAAAGAAAAAACAGAAUAAAAAAAGGGACUUAUAUUAAUGAAGCAGAAUGAGGACCGUGUAUGUACCAAAUUUGAAAGAUAUGUUUUCUUUUAAACAAUUCAAUACAGAACUUGAUCUUGUUGGCAGAGCAGUUUGUGUGUGCAAACAUAUCGGCAGUUAGUUACUUUACUUUUAAAUGCUCUGCAGUUUAGUUUACAGUUGCAUGAUUUUUUUCCCCCUCCUGCUCCUCAGACAGAAAACAGCUAAAAAAAAAAGUCUGCUACUGUAUUAUGCGGUUCACAAAACGUUGUGGGGGGGACUCCAAUAUUCUUAAAACUCCAGUUUCACUUUACUUAUUCAUCAGUGGUAGUUAUGAAGUUAUGGUUUUUCUGAUAGCAGUUAAAUGCAGUAGUUUUUUUUUUUUUUUUUUUAAAGGGAACAUAAUUCUACUGAACUUAAAGGAUUAAAUAAAUAAACAAAAUGGGCACAACAGUUUAGAUUAGAUGCUUUAUGCAUCCUUUUGCUUUGACCAUGCUUUAAGUAUGGUUGGAUUGUGCACUAUUGAUAUAACAAUAUCAUUAUAGAAAUGUGCAUUUUAAAAAGAAAAAAAGUUUCUGGACAAAGGUUUUCUGAUGUAGCAAUUAGUAAACUGUAGAUGAGUCAUUGAGUAACUAGAUUCCAGUAUUAAUGACUGAUACCUUUUUGGCAUUUACAAAAUGCGUACAGGCCAUUAUAAAACCAAUAUGCCAUUGCAUCAUGGAGGUCCUUAUAUAAUUUGUUGUAAGGAAAGGUGAAGACUUGCUUUGAGUUUCCUUUUUUAAUGAUUCAUUCCCAGGAUGUUUUAUGCAUUUCAAAUAUGUGCUGGGUUCUACAUGUUCAGUUUUAGUGAGAUUACUUUGAUUUGUAAUGUUAUAUGCUGUAGCCUCGCUAGCAUAAUGAGAUUUAACAUUCAACACAAUGCUAAUUGGUUAAGAGAACUGGGUAAGGGUGGUUCUAGGGACUGCUGUCUGUAUUGCCUUUGCUUAAACAAUCAAAAAUGACUAGCCUUUUCUAAAUUACCUUUCUGAGCACUGUAACUGUACUAUUCUUCUGCCUAGUCAUAUGUUUUUAAUUAACUUUUUUUAAAGUCCUAAAAAUUGGAAAUUCGUAGUUUUGCUUUUUAAAAUGAAAAUUCCCUCCCAAUUAAGACAUAAUUGAUGCAACAUUUUGUUUAGACAUAUGUAUCUUUUUUUCUAUAUUAAGUUUAAAAAAAAGACACUUAAAGCAAGUCUGGUUUUGGGCAGGGAAAAAGUGUUUGGUAACUGUGACAUGGAUCAACAUUGUAACUGUCAUCACAUGAUAUGAUUUUAUAUACUGCCCAUUUGUAAGGGUAGUUUUUAGUUGAAAUCUGUAUACAUUUCCAAACACAUAUUACACUGUGUGUUACAUAUGUACAUUAUGUGAACAUUAAAGUCGUUUCCAUGCAAUAGCAAAAUUAUCAUCUGGGAUAAUCACAAAAAUGACAGUGUCUUUUAUAAAAUACCAUUCGACAGUCAUAGUAAAAUUAAGUACCCCACAAGUUUAUUUUAUUUUAUUUAUUUUUGAAAAUGAUGUAAAAAAAAAAAGAAGCCGGUUUUACCUAUGUGGCAACAUAAGUAGAAUGGAAAGUAACAGAAAUAUAGAUACAAGUAUAACAAACUAUAUUUAUACUGCUUGUGACAAGACUGUGUCUCAGGAGGAGAGCCAGAUGCAGUUAUUAUCUGCUGUUGGUAUCCUGCUUAAACGCCUUACUCUGUGUACUUAUCAAUUUGCGUUUGCAUGUGAACUUUAAUUUAAAAAAGACCUGGGUGUUAGUCAAAUGUGUCACUCCCAUGCUGUAAGCAACUGACUCUAGCUGCUGGUUACAUAUUAGAGGCAUCAAAGAGCCUUGAAGUUUCUGGUAUCCAUUAGUCUUAAGACAUCUGUGAAAAAAGAGUAAUACCGUAGUGGUUGUAAUCCAGUUUUGAUAGACAGGUUUUAAUGUAAUAACAAUGAACACUAAAUUAGACAGUCUCAGCUCAGGUUAAAAAGAUUUGGGGCAUAGAAUAUGAAAUGCACAGUAUAUAGAUCGAUGUAUCUGAAUGGUGUAAAGUGGUCCGGUUGAACUCCUAUACCAUAACUGACCUUAAACUGUCUAGCACCUAGUCCUUUAUACAUGCUGAGCACAAAAAAAAAUUACCAAAAAAUAUUUAUAAAAGCCUUUUGUUAUUAAAUACACAUUUAUAUAAAUUGUUGUACAGACUGAGUGUAUACAUUCUUUUUUUUAUAGUUUACAGCUUAUACAUUUGAACUGCAGGACACUGUAGUUAAUUUAAGUAGCACCUGUGACAGUAGAAUGGUAUUUUAUAAAUCAGUUUUUAGUUUUGUUUUGUGUUUGAGAACCUGCCCUGAAGUAUAUUUUUUUCCUAUUCUCUACCAAUGGUGUGUAACACCAGCCCGUAACAGUUUUUGUACUCUUUAAAUUGUUUUCUAGUUUCUUAUUUCUUUGUUGCUGUUCAAGCAAAAAAGAAAAGAGAGACAGUUAAAAGUACCAUAAUGUCCUGGACCAUGUAAAUACCACAUUCUAUAAUGCAUUUGGGUUCUACAUUGCAUAAAAAAUUGCCCAAGCCAACUAUUUUGAUUUCUAUUAUUAAAAUCAAAUCUUUUUGUUUUAGAUUCCCUUUGCAUUGUAUUGAUCUGACGGUUAUAAUUUGAAUCAGAUCUGAAGAGGUCCAGAAUAAAAUAUAUUUUGAUAUUA